AAUAUAUAAAUCUAUGAUUUAGUAUAAUUUUUAUCAAUAUAUAGGUAAUAGCAGAAGAACUAUUAUUUAGGUAAACAAAAUGGUAUCGUUAUGGGUAAUAAGGUUGAUAAAAAAAACGUUAUUUUCACGGACGUUGAACUAACUUUAAUCCAUAAUUAUGACCGACAAAUGAUUAAUAUUUAAACAGGAAAUAGAGUGAUAUCCAUAUAUUAGUUUUAAAUUUAUCGACCUUGUACAUUAAAAUGUCAACACGUUUAAAAUUUCUGCGUCCAAAAUGAAAUAUCACGUGACAUCCUCUCGUUGAUUGUUGAUACAUAUCUACCUUACAUGGAUAUACGUAAUAAUUUGAUAAAUACGUAAAUAUAAUUAAUAGUAAGGUUGUAUUUCAAUAAUUAGUUGUGUCCCUGGUGUUAAAUAGAAUUAAGUUUAUAUUUACUACUUAUUCUAAUACUUGACAAAAAUGACUGUCAUAAAAGAUAAACAAAAUUAUAAGUAUCCCCGACCUGGCUCUACUGAUGGAUCAGAUAUCGAAACAUUAGAAUUGGGAGAUGUGUCUGAUAAUGAAACAGAAAAUAAUAAUGAACCAGUGCAAAAUAUGGAAACUAAUAAUAAUGGUCAAGUACCUAUUAGAAUCAGAAUACACCGACCAAAAAUAAUCAAACCAUCUCAGGUAGAAGAAGUGGUACGUUUGAAAAGCAAUUCUGGAAAAAAGAAGUUAAGACGUUACCAGAAUCGAUGUAUUCUACAAACUUUAAGUGAAGAAGAGGAAAAUGAAAAUAUGGUUGUUAUUAUGGAAUCUCAUAAGGGUCCUUUUGCUCGCCUGCUGGAUAAUAAAGAUGCUUUAGAGUAUUGGCAAGAAUUUGUAGAAAAGUCAGAAGAGGAACAAUCUGAAUUGAUUAGAGCAUUGACGGCAAAAUACCAUAAUGAAACAGUUGUUGAACAUUGCCAAAGUGACAGUCCCGGGAGAAUUUCUUCAAGAAUAAGAAGGACAUUCAAAAUAAAAAAAAACUUAUCUUUAGAAAUUGUUCAGGUGUGUGAAGAAGAUUUAAUACAGUUUUUUAAAGCUAAACCAGAAGAUACAUAUGUUAAGAAUCCACCUACAAGUUUUGAAAGACUUUUAAUACAUGCCAUUGCUCAAUACCACAAAUUACAAUCAGUCAGUGUUAUUGUUGAUGAAGGUACCAAAAAAUCAGUUAAAGUUUACAACAAUAAUAAAAACUGGAGUCCCGCUAGUUGUUACUUGACAGAUUUUAUUAAGAAAUUGAGGAAGUAAAAUCAUGGUGCAAUUAUUAAAACAUAUACAUUUUAUAAUUACCUGAAGGAAUUUGGUUCAUAUAAUUGUUGCUUAUUUAUUUUAAGAUGUAACUUAAAAAAUAUGUUUGUGCUAGUACUUAAGAAAUAAUGUAUUCGUUAAUUUUCAACUAAUUUUAUUUUCAGUUAUGUUAAUGAUGUUUUCUUAUGAUUAGGUACUCCUUGACCAAACUCAUAAUUCCCAUAAAAAAAUAUGAAGUGCCUGCAACUCUUACAUACACGGAAAGGAAAAUUAUCCUGAUAAAUGAAUGAAAUAGAAUUUUCUAUUAGAUAAGCAGGAAAGCUCAGUACUAUAAAAAGGUGAUUAAAUUUGACCUAGACCGACCAAUAAAAAAAAACAUUUUUACUUAUUUUAAUAUGAUUCUUUAUUAUCCACUUUAAAAUAGGCCCCUUUCGAGAUAAUGCAAGCAUAUCAGUGCCAAGGACGUAACUUGCCCUAGGGAUGGCCAACCCGCGAAAUAAAAAAUUUAUUUUUGUGCAAAUAGAAUAUUUUUGAAUGCCCGCACAACGAGAAACCCGUAUUAUUAAUAAUCAUAACAAAAGUAAUAAUUCUAAUCUAACCUGAAAGAAAAUAUACGAGUAGAUACCUAAUUACAGCAAAUUGUAUUGUUUUCAAAUUUGAGAAAUUUUCCACAAAAAGUUAUAAUUGCUUUUAGAUCUUAUUAUACAUGAGAAUCGUUUUUUUUUUAAUGACUGCAAUUUUUAUUUUUACCCUGGUAUAUAUCACAGACAACCCAGAUGUAGCAUUGAUGCACCUCAUUUUAAAAUCAAACAUCGGUUUUUUACGGAUGCAUUGCUUACUUGGAUGACGGCCAAAAUAUGUGAUCAUUGAUUUAUCAUAGUUUAGGUUUAGCUCGGGGACAAAUUUUUCAAAAAAA